UACUGACCUAUAUAUUGUACAAAAUCGUAUUGGCUCCGCCACCCUAUGAUCCAAUGGCUCCGUGUAUAUUCUGUCAGAUAAUCAACCAUACCAAGGAAGCUGUCAUCGAAGUGGAGACCGAUGAAUAUGUGAUAUUUAAAGAUAUAAAACCUGCGUCAACCCAUCAUUAUUUGGCGGUGCCCAAACGGCAUGUAGAGAGUCUAAAGACCAUGACAAAAGAUGAUAUACCAUUAGUAAAUGACUUGGAAAAAGCCAUGAAGGAAUUUUUCAUAUCUAAGGGUAUUGAUACGGAAGAUGCCUUAUUUGGUUUUCAUAUGCCGCCCUUUAUCAGUGUCCAUCACUUACAUUUACAUGGCAUUGCGCCACGUUCCACCAUGAGCUGGAUGAAUAGUUUUGUUUUCAAGACCCAUUCGCCGUGGUUUAAAUUGGUUGAAGAUGCUAGGAAAUAUUUAGAAAAUAAAUAA